AUGGCGGCGGCCGCGGCAACGGCAGCAGCGGUGGGUGUCAGGCUCGGGACUGCUGCAGCCGAGGCGCUGUGCUUCUGCUCCUUCUUUUUCCCUGUCUCCUCCGGCCCCCGGCCACCCGCCGCCUGGCUGCUGGGCCUGCGGCCAGAGGACACUGCUGGGGAGCCGCGUGUCCCUGGAAGGGCACCUGCGCGCCGCCCGAAGGCACCGCUUCCUCCUGCGUGUCUAUUUCCAGCCAGGACCGCCGGCGACCGCCAUACCGGUGCCCUCACCCGACCCUCUCCUCGGAGGGUAGCUGGCGGCUGGGCUCCGCGGCUCGUGUUCAUCCGCGAGGAGCCCCCGGGCGACAGCGUGGCCCCUAAGCGCGGUCCCACGCGCCCCGGGACCACCGCGCGCUGCCGGGAGCAGAGCGACUGGGAAUCGGACGCGCGCGUACUUCCACCACGCGCCGCCGCCCGCUUCCUGCUGCGCGUCCGCCCGCGGUUUGUACGCUUCCUCCUGCGUGUCUAUUUCCAGCCAGGACCGCCGGCGACCGCCGCACCGGUGCCCUCACCGACCCUCUCCUCGGGGGAGAAUGGCACCGGCGACUGGGCUCCGCGGCUCGUGUUCAUCGAGGAGCCCCCGGGCGGUAGCAGCGUGGCCCCUAGCGCGGUCCCCACGCGCCCCCCGGGACCGCAGCGCUGCCGGGAGCAGAGCGACUGGGAAUCGGACGUGGAAGUUCUGGGGCCCUUGCGUCCCGGGGGCGUGGCAGGCUCGGCCCUGGUCCAGGUGCGAGUGCGGGAGCUGCGCAAGGGCGAGGCGGAGCGGGGCGGCGCGGGCGGUGGCGGGAAGCUCUUUUCGCUCUGCGCCUGGGAUGGGCGCGCGUGGCACCACCACGGCGCCGCCGGCGGCUUCCUGCUGCGCGUCCGCCCGCGGUUGUACGGCCCAGGCGGGGACCUGCUGCCCCCUGCGUGGCUGCGGGCGCUCGGGGCGCUCCUGCUGCUAGCCUUGUCGGCCCUGUUCAGCGGCCUGCGCCUGAGCCUGCUGUCUCUGGACCCGGUGGAGUUACGGGUGCUGCGGAACAGCGGCUCGGCCGCCGAGCAGGAGCAGGCGCGCCGCGUGCAGGCCGUUCGCGGCAGGGGGACCCAUCUGCUCUGCACCCUGCUCCUGGGCCAAGCCGGAGCCAACGCGGCCCUGGCUGGCUGGCUGUACGCCUCGCUGCCGCCGGGCGUCGGGGGCACCGGGGAAGACUACAGCGAAGAGGGGAUCCACUUCCCUUGGCUGCCGGCGCUCGUGUGCACCGGCGCGGUAUUCCUGGGCGCCGAAAUCUGCCCAUACUCAGUGUGUUCGCGGCAUGGGCUGGCCAUCGCCUCGCACAGCGUGUGCCUGACCCGGCUUCUGAUGGCAGCCGCCUUUCCCGUGUGCUACCCGCUGGGCCGCCUGCUGGACUGGGCGCUGCGCCAGGAGAUAAGCACCUUCUACACGCGGGAGAAGCUGCUGGAGACGUUGCGGGCCGCAGACCCCUACAGCGACCUGGUGAAGGAGGAGCUCAACAUCAUACAGGGUGCCCUGGAGCUGCGCACCAAAGUGCUGGAGGAGGUGCUGACCCCCCUGGGAGACUGCUUCAUGCUGCGCUCAGACGCGGUGCUCGAUUUCGCCACUGUCUCCGAGAUCCUGCGCAGCGGCUACACUCGCAUCCCAGUGUAUGAGGGCGACCAGCGGCACAACAUUGUGGACAUUUUAUUUGUCAAGGACUUGGCCUUCGUGGACCCCGACGACUGCACCCCGCUCCUCACUGUCACCCGCUUCUACAACCGGCCCCUGCAUUGUGUUUUCAAUGACACCCGACUGGACACGGUACUGGAGGAGUUUAAGAAGGGUGAGCAGGAGUCUAUCUUCUCCCCCAACUCCUAUCCCCUUCAAAGGUUUUAUCCUUUCCUAACCACGUGAGGCUCUAGGUACCCAAAGCAAUUUCUCUCCUAUGGUACCAAAAACCCAAGGAAGACUCUACCUCUUGGCUCCCUGGCUAUUUUCAUCUCACUUCUACCUCACUUCUUGCUCCUGAUUGAGCCCCAGGCCUCUUCCCCUCUACUUGACUCACAAGAUGCAACAUAUUCCUUGUUUAUUCCAUUCCACCAGUGUUUUUCCAACGCCUACCAAGUGUCAGAUACUGUGUAGGUCGGAGAUAGCCCUUGAAGGUCAUUGCAUAGCUCCCCACCUAUUACAGGAGGCACCUCUACAGGUUCCCAUACAAGCAGCCUUUGCUUUAAACUCCCAGGGCUGAAAGCUCACUAUUUACAGAGCAAACAAGUCCCAUUGCUGGACAGCUCCAGUGGCUGACAAUGUCUUCCCCAUAUAAAGCAGAAAUUUGUGUCUCCAGAUCCUCCUAACUAUUCUGCCUUUUGAAUCAUGUAGACUAAACCCAAACACCUUAGACAUUCUUCCCCAUAUUUAACUUCCCAUCAGGUAUUGGCUGCACACAUAUCAAGUACUCAGGUUCAGGGCCUGGUGCGGUGGCUCAUGCUUGUAAUCCCAGCACUUUGGGAAGCUCAGGCAGGAGGAUUACUUGAGCCCAAGAGUUCAAAGCUGCAGUGAGCUGUAAUCCCACCACUGUACAAAAGAACAAGACGCUGUCUUUGAGGGGGGAGGGAAGUACUCAGGUUGGGGGUUAAAAGUUGACUAAGGCAGUAGGAUCCUUGUAAUUCUGGGAACUGUGGUCCUGUGAAAUAGGAUAGAUCUGAACCUGAAGAAAUAUUCUGGGUAGAGGAGAUCCUAGAAUGAGUGGGGUUUUCUUCAGUGCAGUCACCAUCAUCCAACCCUCCUCCCCAAACUCAGGCUUGAUGUCAUGCUUAUAACUUGUUUACUUCAUGUCUGAGUUUGUCUUCAGAAAGUGCCUUCUGGUGACUAUAAAUUCACUCAAGAAAAAUCAGCCUGGGUACAUUAGAGUCACUCUUCUUGGCCUUACACAGUUUGACUGCCCCCCUAGUUCACCAGAUUUCGCCCAGAACCCUUGACUGUUUUUUAAAAUCAAAUCUACUUUCAAGAAUCAACAUUGAGAGCAUUCAAAAGACUAUCUCACAAACCCUGAAAGCAACUCCAGAAAUCAUAAUUUGAAAACAGGGACACGGCCGGGCGCGGUGGCUCAAGCCUGUAAUCCCAGCACUUUGGGAGGCCGAGA